AUGAAGACAUUCGCCCUUACCGAAUUCUUCAGAUCGACGUUCAAGCCAGACUCCUCAAUCUUUUCCGCGAGCGACGACUCAUCCGAUUUUACGUUCAGCUUCUCUGAGGAUGAACUCACCGUAUCUCAACUGCCUUGGUCCGUACCGUCAUCUUCUACGUCGUCAUCUACGACUGUUUCUGAGGUUUCAUCUAGCGGCGUGAAACCAUCUGAAAUUUUAACUACCGUGGAGCGGUCUUCAACUUCUAGCAUCAUCUUCUUCAACGUCGUCCUCUACAACUUCGAGGUCGUCAUCUACGACAUCCUCCAAGGUUUCGUCCAGCGUGCGAUCAUCCUCAAGUUCUACGUCAUCAUCAACCUCGACUUCCACGACAUCGUCUACAAGGUCUUCAACCUCCUCGACUGCUACGUCAUCGUCGACUGUUGCCCAGAUUCCACCUGUGGAGAGUCAUUUGGCUCCGCCGAAUGA